AUGGCAAUAUCUCGAUUAAGCAUCGGUGGUGGGCAUCUAGCAACAGAGCAAGUGAAAGGAGAUGGAAAGCACAUAUGCCAUGCCCAGGUUGGAGAUAUUUGGAGAUCUAUUCAGGGUGGUGAUGAUUGGAAUGGCAUGAUUGACCCCAUUAACCUACUUCUCAAAUCAGAAAUACUCAGGUAUGGUGAUUGGGCGUGGUUAUCAGAUCCAAAGGAGAUAAAGAGAUUGGGAAGACGGGAUAUAGUUGUUGCAUGGAGGGGAACUAAAACACCUCAAGAAUGGAUGCAAAAUAUGAAGGAUAUAUUAGUCCCUGGUACCUUAUCUCAGAGUACACAGUGUCCCGACAUACAAACAACUUUCAAACCAGGUGUUCAAAUAGAGAAGGGAUUUCUGAGCUGUUAUAACUCUGUAUAUGGAGACUCUGAGAGAUCCAGACAUAGUGCAAGAGAUAUUGUGGUGACCGAAAUAACAAGAUUAUUAAAUGAGUACAAAGAUGAAGAAGAUAUGAGCAUAACUUUCACUGGACAUAGUUUGGGUGCUGCGUUAGCAACUCUAAGUGCAUAUGAUAACAAACAGAUUAUCAUGAAAGAAAAUGAUAGGAAAUCAAUCCCUGUCACAGUUUUUGCCUCCGCUUCUCCACGUGUAGGAAACCUAGCUUUUUCCCAACAUUUGCAGGAGAUAGGCGUUAAAGUUUUGUGGUUGGUAAAUACAUGGGACGUCGUUCCCAAAGUUCCUGGAGUUUUUCUCAACGAGAACAUGGGAUGGCUUACCAGAUUCUGCAUUGGCUUCCCUGGACAUAUGUUCAUGUGGGAGUCCCCAUUACUUUGGACAGUAGGAGCUCUGCAGUGCUGA